GCUAGUAAUUCAACCAUUUCAACCUGUUAGCUUUGCAAGACAACAUCUAUAGCCGUACUCAUCUUCAAAAUCUUGCCGCACGACCUUCCUCUUCCUCCACGAUUUCGUAUUUUUUCGUCAAAUACACGCGUCAUCAGCCACUUUCAGUUGAGAAUAAUUUAUCCGCAAGCUGUCAUCCUUCAAUUCAAUAAUAAAUCGCAAGUAACACCAAUAAAACGGCUUUAUAACAUUCAAUCUAAAAGUCAAGAAUGGAUCUCGAUGAAAGCAAUAGAACUGGUCUUUGUUUGAAUAAUUCCAACCCUCUGGAGAUGCAUUACAUAGCAGUUCAGACGGUCGUAUACAGCAUAUUACUUGCUUUUUCUGUAUUAGGCAAUCUUCUAGUGAUUAUAGUCGUGAGCAAAACCACAGAAAUCAAAGCCACUGUUAAUUACUUCAUUCUCAACAUGGCAGUAUCCGACCUCUUGUUUACCAUGAUUGCAGUCCCAAGGACUAUCGGCGAGUUGUUGUCGAAAAUCAGCAAAACGUGGUACCUUACUGGGCUUCUAGGUAACAUAACUUGUAAACUAUGUUAUUUCACACAAGACGUGUGUACUGCUGUGUCGAUUUUGACACUUGUAGCAAUUGCAGUUGACCGCUACUAUGCUGUUGUGUAUCCUAUGCGCACUGGUGUGAUCACAUCAACUUUCCGCAAAAUCCUCGUUACCUGUAUUUGGUUGAUCGCAAUGGUAUUCCAUGUGCCAUAUUUUCUUGCCUUUCGCCUACAAACCGACCCUGUCUCCAAGGUUACUAUUUGUAUUUAUCACUGGAAAUACAAUGUUUCAAGUGGUAAAGCAUACUUUGCUUUAAGCUCCGGUUUCUUAUUCAUACUGCCACUUCUUGUCAUGUCAGCAAUAUACACAAUUAUCCUUAUAUCGAUAAGAAGCCGAAAGAUCCCUGGGAAUGCUAACAGUUCCAGUCUACGUCGACACAAGAUAAAACGAAAUCGUAAAGUCUUAACAAUGGUACUGGCGGUCCUUUUUGCGUUUUUGGUCUGUUGGCUGCCCAUGAAUAUAUAUGGGUAUCUGCUCUUCUUCCAAUGGUAUAUGCCAACGCCUUGCACGCAGCCAUUGGAGAAAUUGGUCAUUUUGUGCAUAGCCUAUUCCAACGCAGCAGUAAAUCCAUUUAUAUAUUUUGCCCUAAGUGAAAACUAUCGUCAUGCAGCAUUACAUCUUAUGAGAUUCAGAAAAAGGCGUCCUUCAAGACACCUAGAGAACACUAUUACAACAAGAAAUUCAUCCUUUGCAACGCAGUUAAUGCCAAAGAAUUCGAAACGAGCCCUUAAAGAUAACACUGAGCUAACAGAGCUGUCUAAACGUUACAAGAAUCGCCCCGAUAGUGCUCGAUGUUGCUUAGUUGAGAAAUCGUUGAAUUCUACUUCAAAUUGACAAGUUUUCACGGAUUGCAAGAGACUGCGAUGGUUUGAAGAAAAGCAGAGAAAACACUGACUUGUAAUAAGCAAUAAAAGCUACAAGUACAUUCUGUACAAAUUCUGUCAUAAUAUUAUCUAGCAGAGAUCGUUAUGUUCGACUGUAACAGAUUUAAUAUGUGCAAUAUUCAUUUAUCAAAUUUAAAGUGAGUAAUUUCUUUUGCUCAUAACACAAGCCAAUAUGACACUUAUACGAGCAUCAACAUAACGUUUUGCUGUUAAAUAGUAUCGAAUAACUGUAUUUUAUCGUUUAAAGGAAAUUUUCUGCCUCUGGCUAUUAUCGUAAACCAAUUAAGAUUCUAUGUGAUUUAGAAUUUGAUCAGUAAUUCAUGUUUCGAGAUACUUUAAAAAAUGAAGUUUUAGCACCUCUAAUUAUUUGAUUCAUUGGGCUAUAAAAAAAGAUGUUUGUUACUAUGCAAAGAGUUCUACAGUAGAAAGUAGAGGAUCAUGAAAAUACGAAAUAGUACUUAAGCUUAUCAAUAAUCUUCUGAAUUCAGUUCCAAUGUCCAAUUCAUGUCCAAUUUACAGUAUGUAAGUCUGUUUUCCGUACGUUUUGCAUAUUAUCUUCUAAAAACGAGUAUCUUUUUUCUUUGAUAUUGAUCUUAACAUAAUAUAAACAGCUGUGUUAAUAACCAAGGAAAAUAUAACCAAUCUGUCGAAACAUAAGACAGUUUUUUUUUGUCCAUGAGUAAAAAUACAAAGGAAACAACAAGAAACACAUUUAAAAGCAAACACUUAGAGAAUUAGCGUCUAUAAACCAAAACAACCACAAGUUUUUAAGAGAAAGCUCAAAACAAUGGCCUAAAGCAUAUAAUUUUGAUCAAUAACAAAAUGAAUGAAGUUUUAACCUUUCUCAUAUUAGAGUUUUUAAAUCUGUCUGAAAAAUGAAAAAUGAGCCUCUUUUGACAGAAACUAAACAAUUUGAGUUAUGAUUUUGUUUGUUCCUUACAGCCUUUUGCAAAAAUUAUGAGAAUUGUCUAAAUAUCUAAAUAUCAUAAUUUCCAUAUCCAUAUAUUGUCCAGAACACGCGGGUUUGCUAGAAUAAUUCAUUGUUGAUAUCAAGAAAAUGUUCAGAACUACGGAUAAGUCCUUCACCGCCGAAAAAAACUAAACUACACAGACAAAGGACAAACGGGAAUCGCGUGGGAUUACCCAUCAUGCAAUUGAUAUUAUGAUAUUUAGAUAUUUAGACAAUUCUCAUAAUUUUUGCAAAA